CGAGUCGCAAAUACGUCACGUAUUGUGAAAGGUUCAAAAGACGUUGUCAUGAGUGUCCUCCUCGAAACAACCGAAGGAGACAUCGUGAUCGACCUCCAUGUCGACUACGUCCCGAAAGUCUGCGAGAACUUCUUGAAGUUAUGUAAGGUCAAAUACUACAAUUUCUCACCACUGUUUAAUAUUAACCCCACCGCAUUCUUCCAAUCCGGAGACCCAAUCGGCCCACCGGACGGUGAUGGCGGUACCUCGAUCUACGGUCUUCUACAAGGCCCGAGUCGGCGGUAUUUUAAAGCCGAUCGGAAUCCGAAGUUGAAACACGUCGAGCGCGGGACCGUAUCCAUGACCAUCUCUAAAGACAAAACCACCGAGCACGAGUUGGCGGGGAGUCAAUUCAUCGUCACGCUUGCGGAUAAUUUGGAUUAUCUGGAUGCGAGCGCGGUUCCGUUUGGAAGGGUUGCGGAGGGGUUUGACACGUUAGAGAAAAUUGUGGGAUUGUAUCUUGAUCAUGAUGGACGGCCAUACAAGGACACGAGAAUCCUACACACGAUCAUCCUCGACGACCCCUUCCCAGACCCAGAAGGACUCACCGAGCCCACCGCAUCACCACCCCCCAGCAAAGCCCAACUAGCAACCGUCCGAAUCAGCGAAGACGAACUAAACAACACCACCGACGAAGCCCUCACCGAAUCCGAACUCUCGGCACGAAAGAGAGAACGCGAAGCAAAAGCCCAAGCCCUAACCCUCGAAAUGCUCGGCGACCUCCCCUCAGCCGACCUCGCCCCCCCCGAAAACGUCCUCUUCGUCUGUAAACUAAACCCGCUAACCUCCUCCCCGGACCUCUCCCUCAUCUUCUCCCGUUUCGGACAAAUCAUCUCUUGCCGAAUCAUCACUGAUCCACACACUGGUGCGUCGUUGGGAUAUGGAUUUAUUGAGUUUGAGAAGAGGGAGGAGUGUGAGAGGGCGUAUUUUAAGAUGCAGGGGGUGUUGAUUGAUGAUCGGCGAAUUCAUGUUGAUUUUGGGCAGAGUCUCAAUGGGGGACGGGGGGUUGAUUGGGGUGCUUGGUAUGGGAGGGAGGGGAAUCCAGGGAUGGGGGAUAUUGGGGGGGAUGCGAAACGGGGUUCUGAUGAUCGGAGAGGACAUGAUAACCGAAGGUAUGAGGAUGAGAGGAGGGGGUCUACGGCUCAUUCGAGCUCUAGACGAGAGGAGCGGGAUGACAGAGAAAAGCGACGAGAAAGCGCGAGUCGGGAUAGACGCGAUAGUCGUAGGGGCAGAGAAAGAAGUCCUGAUAGGAGAGACAGAGACAGGGAGAGUCGCAGGGAGCGCAGUCGGAGUCGGGACAGGAGAAGUAGAGAUGAUAAGAGGGACAGAGACAGAAGUCGCGAUCACCGGGAUGAUGACAAGGACCGUCGGCGGGAAAGGAGUCGCGAACGACGGAGGGAGUCAAGUAGGGAUAGACCUCGUGAUCGAAGCCGUGACAGGAGACGGUGAUCCAACAUAGUCAAGCGACCCCAAUUGACCUUCCAAAUGGACGU